GUUUCCUUUUGGUACUAGUACUGCCAAAACUAGUCAACACAUAGUUAACAUGCACAGUUAUCCAUCUGUUUCUUUACAUGGUAAUGCAAAAGAUGCCAUGUAAUGCAAAAAAUUAAAUUUUCUGGUUUGCUCUGUGGAAAUACAGUAAUAUAUGUAGCAUCCCCUGUGAAUUUUUCUGGAAAUAAUGUGUGUAGCAUCUAUUGUGGCCUCUCUGGAAAUAAUAUCCAUCAAACCAUUAUUGCCAUGCUACAGUUCGUUUGUCAACACACUUAGCUAUAUUCUUGAAAUAAUGUGUGUAGCAUCUACUGUGGCCUCUUUGAAAAAUGCAUUGAUGUAGUUGAAAUUAAUUCAAUCGAUCCAACAUAUAUAUUGUUCAGUACCAUAGUACUUGAUCCAACAAUAUAUAUUAACAUUGUGUACCGUAUAUAAUAAAAUUAACACACUGUGUAAUGCUUUAUUACAUGCUUUUAUACAUUGCAGUCGACUUGCUAGUGAUGAAUUCUAGAAUGGAUAGAUUUAGGAAGUUCAUGAUGCAAGAAGAGGAAGAUGACGAUGAACUCUUCUUAGUUUUGCUUCCUGCUCUAUACUCUUCUCUCUAUGAGGAAAAGCGUCCAGUCCACACAUCUUCUUUAUCCGGUGCUCAGCUGGUUAAGGAAAUAUUAGAAGGACAUGAGAGUUGGUCUAAGGUUGAAUUCCGGAUGGAGCCUGAAAUUUUCAGAGCUGUCUCGGAUUAUCUUAAGAGAGAGCGUCUAUUGGAAGGCACAGCAAGAGUAGAUGUUGAUGAGCAGUUGGGAAUGUUCAUGUAUAUGAUCUCCCACAAUGCUACCAAUCAAUAUUUGCAAAAAAAGUUUCAACAUAGUGCUGAAACAGUCCAUAGGAAGCUGAAUGAAAUUAUCAACUUGAUUCCACUUUUAGUCCAGAGAUUUGUGAAGGUUCCAACUUCUCUCCAGCCUCACCCAAAAAUAAUGUCAAACCCACGGUUCUGGCCUUACUUUCAGAAUUGCAUUGGGGCAAUCGAUGGAACACAUAUCCCCAUAACUAUUGCUGAAGAAAUAGCCGCACCAUAUAGGAAUAGAAAAGGAACCCUUUCUCAAAACAUGAUGGUCGCCUGUGACUUUGAUCUGAACUUCACAUUCAUUUCAUGCGGGUGGGAAGGGUCUGCAUCAGAUGCGGGAGUUCUUCGUUCUGCUAUCAGCAAGGGGUUUGAGGUGCCUGCUGGAAAGUUCUAUCUUGUAGAUGGUGGUUAUGGAAACACAUCCUCUUUUCUUGCCCCGUAUCCAGGAGUCCGGUAUCAUCUCAGCGAAUUUAGGAGGCGUCGGUGUAAUGAAACUGGUUAUGCUAACAAAGAAGAACUCUUCAACCACCGACAUGCACUUCUUCGAAACUAUAUUGAAAGGGCCAUCGGAGUUUUGAAGAAGCGCUUUCCUCUUUUGAAAGUGGGCAAUCAUUAUCCAAUCGAAUCUCAAAUUAGGAUCCAUGCUGCAUGUAUUGUAUUCCACAACAUCAUUAGAUGUCAGAAUGGAGAUGAGGACUGGUUGGAUCACCAACCACCACUUAUUCCACCAGAAACGUAUGUUGACGUUCCGGAGGGAGAUGAUGCUCACCACCAAGAUGCCCACCACCAACAUCAAGCGGACUUAAACAAUGGAAAUGAUCUUAGAGAUCAGAUUGCGCUUCAGAUGUGGGCUGAUUAUAACAAUUAGUUGGACAUGAUCAUUUGGCUGUAUUCAGAUGUGUAAUUUAUUUUCUAUUGUUGAACCUUUGGUUGUAUUCUCUUGUUGAACCUCUGGAUGUUAGUUGUGUGUUAUAUGUUUGUGUUAUACAAUACCAUAUUGUUAUUAGUUGUGUGCUAUUUGACUAUGUUGUAUCAUUUGUUGGUUUAA